AUGAAUAUGAAGUCGUUCAUUGGAAUGAAUGUAUGUUGGAUCAUCGUCAUUUUGAUUUUGUGGAAAGGUGUUGAUUACAUGGGAAAGGCGUCUUAUGUUAUUGUCACUUUACCAUACUUCAUUAUCAUCCUGCUGUUUUUCCGUGGAAUCACUUUGGAUGGUGCGGAAGAUGGACUCUAUUAUUAUUUGGGAAAUCCGGAUUGGUCAAAGGUAUUUGCACCUGCCACGUGGGGAGAGGCUCUGAAACAGUUGUGCUUUAGUUUGGGUAUUGGAUACGGUGGACUCAUUGGAAUGUCAUCGUUUAGCAGACCGGAUAACAAUUGUUUUAGAGACGCCCUGAUAGUCAUCAUUGGAGACACUAUGAUGUCUCUAGUCGGUGGUGCAGCUGUCUUUUCGACACUUGGAUUUCUCGCCAAACAGAGAGGAUGUGCAGUGUCUGAUGUGGUGAAUGAUGGAUUCUCAUUGGCAUUUGUUGCUUUUCCGGAAGCUUUGGGUAGAAUGCCUCUGCCAGAGCUAUGGUCUUUCCUCUUCUUCAUGAUGCUCUUCUUCCUUGGAAUCUCUACAGAAGUCGCCUAUGUUAAUGUGUUCUGCUCGUCGAUUUGUGAUCAAUUUGUGAAUUUGAGAAAGAAGAAAUGGUUAGUCGUAGUCGGAUGGUGUCUCGUUUUGUAUGUUAUGGGAGUUGUUAUGGUAACUGAUGGCGGAUUCUAUUGGUUCAUAAUGUUUGACGAGUAUGCUGCUGGAGUGUCUUCAUGUUGUGCAGUUACUGCUGAAGUUCUUAUUGUUGCCUAUGUUUAUGGCCGCCGAAAUCAGCAGGCUGAUAUGAAGGAAAUGUUUGGACCGGCUAAGAAGAAGUGUAGUAGUUGGACAGGACCCCAUUCUCCGUAUUUUGGAUUCAAUUGGAUGUUUAUCACACCGACAUUGGGAUCGAUUCUUAUAAUCCUUGCAAGCAUUCGUGACUAUCCGUACAAGAGUCGUCCAGAUGUUUAUCCGCCUGCAUUUGAUUUUGUCGGUUGGAUUGUCUGUCUCCUUCCAAUGGCAAUGGUUCCCAUAUUCGCCCUGUUCGCCUUCAUUGAAUUCAAACGUAAUGGACACGACUUGAGAGGUUUAUUUAUGAAACAAAGACAACUCAAAUCGUAUGCGAGAAUUUAUAAGGGAAUGUCAUUGAAAGAUCGUGUCAAGCAGAAAAUUCUACCGGAUCGUGAGCCGUGGGAUGAUAAACCGACUGGUUACAAAUUCAACAUACAAACUAUAUCGAGUUCAUCGAGUUCGAGAAGCACCACGGGAAGUCAGAAUUAUUCAGAGAAGGCUGAUUUAUUGAACUCUGCUUCUAGUAUUGCGACGACACAUAGUAAAGUUCAAUGA